CGCUGGCCAUAUAAUAUCACAGGCUCAUGUGACAGCGUGCAUGGUUGGAUGUAUGGCAGUUCUGUGAUAUAACAAACACCAAAAUACUCUUAUUUACACCAGAAAAUAACAUUUAAACAUGCUAUCUUUACACACUACAAGAGUGCGAUGUCAUCAAUUGCUGAAUAAAACUGCCCAAUGCGCCAGGACGUUUAUGUUAGUGUCUGCACAAAAGAAUUUCAAUAGAACAGGAUUAAAAGUACUAUCAAGUCCUAGAGUUUUAAUCAGAGGAUAUGCUGCUGAAGCCACCAAGCAGACAUUUUCUAGAGACAAACCUCAUGUGAAUAUUGGAACAAUAGGUCAUGUAGAUCAUGGGAAAACUACACUUACAGCAGCUAUUACUAAAAUUCUUUCUGAGAAAGGCGCAGCUAAUUUCAAGUCGUAUGGUGACAUUGAUAAUGCUCCUGAAGAAAGAGCUAGAGGAAUCACAAUCAACACUGCUCAUGUUGAAUACCAGACAGAUAAACGCCAUUAUGGACAUGUGGAUUGUCCUGGUCAUGCUGAUUAUAUAAAGAACAUGAUUACUGGUGCAGCACAGAUGGAUGGGGCUAUACUUGUAGUGGCAGGAACAGAUGGUCAGAUGCCGCAAACUAGAGAGCAUUUGUUAUUGGCCAACCAGGUUGGAGUAAAGAAUAUUGUGGUGUUUAUAAACAAAGCUGAUGUGAUUGACGACCCAGAACUGCUUGAACUGGUUGAGAUGGAGUUACGUGAGCUGCUGUCAGAGUAUGGCUAUGAUGGCGAUAACACCCCAAUCAUAACAGGAUCUGCAUUAUGUGCAUUAGAAAACAAAAAUCCUGAAAUGGGAAUCAAUGCUAUCAUGAAGCUAUUAGAAGCUGUAGACGGACACAUUCCAACACCCACUAGAGAUCUCGACAAACCUUUCUUGCUUCCUGUCGAAGGAGUGUUCUCAAUCCCUGGACGAGGAACUGUUGUUACAGGAAGAAUUGAGAGGGGUGUGAUCAAGAAAGGGGAAGAGGUCGAGUUUGUUGGUCAUGGGUCAAAGAUAAAAACCACUGUCACCGGGAUCGAGAUGUUCCACAAACUGUUGGAUCAAGGACAGGCUGGAGAUAACCUUGGUGCAUUGGUUCGUGGUGUUAAGCGAGAAGAGGUACGCCGUGGAAUGGUUCUGUGUGCUCCUGGAAGUGUUAAAUCACAUUCAAAGUUUGAAGCACAGGUGUAUAUCUUAAAGAAAGAAGAAGGAGGUCGUCACAAGCCUUUUAUCUCCAACUAUACGCCCCAGAUGUACGUCCGUACUGGAGACGUGGCGGCGACCAUCACCCUCCCCGAGGGGAAGGAAUUUGUCAUGCCCGGUGAAGAUGCUAAUUUCUCUGUCAAGUUAAUGUUUGACGUGCCUUUAGAAAUUGGACUUCGUUUUACUUUACGAGAAGGUAGUAAAACAGUCGGCACAGGAGUCGUAACAAAGAUUCUAGAAUAGAAAGAUCAACUUAUCGUAUAAUGCUGGACCAGAAGUUUUAAUGCAUCCUCGGAAAACCAGGGCGCUUCAUCCUCCCCACCUCUCCCCCCUGGGUUUCUGAGGAUGUGCCUUUUUCGCGAGCUUGUAAAAAAAUGAAGAAAAAAUCUUCUUCGAUGCAAACUAUUUGUAGUGUCUGUGUAAGUCCAGGCAAGGCUAUCGUAUAUACCACACAGCAUUGAAGCAAUUAACGAAUAAUCAAACCAGUGACGUCAAGUGCUGGUCACAUCCUAUAGAGGCUUUGCACCAUCACGUCAUGGCAGCCAUGACAGGAGGCAGGAACAAUGGAUUCUGGAGUAAUCUGAUUUACAUUAGAAAGGAUCAGUUUCCCAGGGGGGAAAAACUUUUGUUAUGCCCCUGUCAUGGCUGCCAUCACGUGAUGGUGCAAAACCUCUAUUCAAAUUUAGUUCUGUUACAUCAUAUUCUUUGAUUGCCUCAAUAUAACUGAUUUGUUACACAAUAGUCUUGCCUGGACAAUAACCUUGCCUGGCGUUCUUCACCGUUUGCAACAAGCUUCAUGGUUUAUUCGAUUCGCCUCAAAAUUAGUAAAUCUUCCGAAAAUGAUUGAAAUGAAAUCCAGCGGUUUGUCGUAUGUUA